GAAUCAAUGCUUGUGACGCCUUUGAAGGUGUUUGCAAAUGUUCAUACACCUAUUAAUAAACCACAGGAAAAUACAAAACGCUUAAUUGUAGUUCAAAAAACAUCCUCAAAACCUUACCUUAUUGUAACAAAUGCUGAAGACAAAGAUAUAAACAAAAACGAUACAAAUCACACUCGUUUCGAUUACACCGAUUGCCGUUAUUCUAUACCCGAUCAACACAAUUAUGUAGAUCAACUUGAAAAAUUGAUACGAAGCUCAAUGAUAGGUUACAACAGUGCGGGCGUAUUUAUCAAUACAGGGGAUGCACCAUUUAACGAAGAAAGGUUAGAACUGACAAAGUUAGCGUUAAAACACCUAAAUUUACAACUAUCACUGGAAAACGAUCGACGCAAGAAUGAAUUAUUACCAGAAAUCAGAGUGGAAUAUGGUUAUGUUGGAUUCUCAGAUGAAUAUUGUUACAACUAUCAAAAGAAUCAACGAAUUGAAAAUAUUAAAGCACUUGAACUCCCAUUGACUUCCUACCUCAAACCUAUCAAAAACAUGGACGAAAUUUACGAUGAACUGAUCUCUAUUCCUCGAAAAUACCCAAGCAUUCUUACAUUCUAUUUCACUGAUGAUCGACAGUUCCAUUCUCAGUUUGCCUUGAUUGAUCUUCUUCCUCCUUCCAUUGGGUCUGAUUCAAUAGCUUAUCGCAAGUCUUACCGUCAAUUUGAAACAAUGACAAACUUAUAUUCUGAUCCACAAUUCUUUGGAGUUUUGGAUGUUGAACGUUAUUCCAUGUCACAUUUACUGCUCGAUUACUUUUCUGGAUCUCAUCAAAUUAUGGUCUUUGCUCAUUUCACUGAAUAUGGAUCACAUACAACAGGACGAAAUUUGGAUAUACUGCAUUUUACAUCGAAAUUACAAAAUAUUCGCUGUGUGGUGAACCGUGAACAAUCAAUUUGCCAGACUAAAGAAGUACAAGUGGAAAGGAAUCGAGUCAAGGAAUUGAAUGAUGAAGUUGGAAAACGGGAUGUACUACUGGAAAACUACCGGGCAAAGAAUCUUCAACUCCAAUUAGAAAUGCUACCUUUGAAAAAUAAGAUUGACUUAUCAGAUUGCCAUCAUCGAAACUUAUUACGCUCAAGAGAUGUUGUUCAAGCAGCCAUGAAACGUGCGAUUGCAACUCACAAAUUAGAGAUGGCCGAUAUGGAACAUGAAAUGAAUCUACUCAAGAUAUCUUUAGUUGAGGCAUCAGUAUCUGCAAAUUCCUUCCGAUUUACAAAUGAUGAUUUGGAAUAUCACCUUGCAGAGGCGCAUCGGGUUAAUCAGCAACUUUUGGAGGCUCAUAAAGAUUAUGAAAAUGAAAUAGAAUAUUUGAAGGAACAGGUCGACGAGUUGACAGCAUUUCAAAGGGACGCUGAAAAAGAAGAUCUCAAGAGCAACCUCCUCUUGGAAAAACAACACGCAAAGUGGGUAGCUGCCGAAACCGAAUAUGUGAAUCAACUUGAAAUUCUAGAAGUUAAAUUGGAAGAAAUGAAUGGUGAAUUCAAUGAAUUGCUCUUGGAACGUAAACAAUGGGCAAAGAAGAACGAAUCCUUACAAUUGGAAAUGGACAGUAAGAUCGCUAGAAUGGAACGAUUACAUGAUAUUGAAGUUCAAGGAUUACGACAACAAAUCGAACAAAUCGAAGCGGAAAAGGAAACAGCAUUAGCAGCACAGGAAGAAGAAUUAUUCCACCUUCGCAGUACUUUAAAAUCAUCAGUCUGGAGUAAACCGACAGAAAGAAAUAGUAUACGAAAUCGACAAUAUCUGGAGGAACAUAAUCAAGAUCAUAGCUCUUCAACUCGAGACAUGGAGACUGAUAAACACAACAGGCAACAGAAAGAAAAUAUUGAAAGGCCAUCAUCAACAUACACAGAUACUCUGAACAACAAUGACUAUAUCAAAGAAAGCUGGACUAAGAAACCUUCGAAAUGGACGCAACCUAAAGAUGAGCACACAGAUGCUGGGUAUAUUGUUCUGGACGAUAAUGAUGAUGAUGAUGCAAUGGCUAUACGAUUUGAUGAUGAUGACAAUAAUAUUGAUGAUAUUCGACAAAUGGAAACGACAACAUCACGACCUUUCGCACCAAAUACGAGGGCAGCAACAUCAACUGGAAAAACCUAUGAUAAAGAUCUUGAAGAUGUUAAAGAUAUACGACAACAUGAAACUGAAAUGGACAGCCUUGAAGAGGAAAUGUACAAUGCUGCAGAAGCAGAUAUAGCUGAAGACAUGGAUGAAUACAGUACUGGUCUCCCGGAUUUUACAUUAUCGAAAAGUACAAUAAAACCAAUCGAUAAGAAGAUUUCUUCCGUUAACCUGGAUAACGAUGAUGAUGAUUUUGUUGCACCUCCCAGAGACAAAGCACGACCGUUACCUAAACAAGUGGAACCAGUAUCACAAGGUACAAAACAACGACAAACGAAAAAGAUACCAGAAGAAGGUUCAACACCAGAUUCAGCGAUCUCGAAAAGGAAAGCAAGAAAAUCACAAAAAACUUCUGACAUUCAACAAGUUAAUACAGUAGCGACCUCUUCCCAUCCACGAUCACCAACAUCUCAUAUAGAAAUGCCAUCAGAGGCAGGGAUGGCACCACCGGAUUCGACCAUAUCUAAAGAAAAUGGACAAAUGAAAGAAAGUUUGGAACAAGACGAUACAGCAACAACAACUUCUUUGUUAUCAAAAAAUCACCUUUCACAACCAUCAUCAUCGAAAUCCUCUGAAAAAACCCAAAAUGCACCACCAAAAAAACGAGGAAAAACAGCAAAAAGUUCCAUAUCAACAAUGAUUGAUUUUUCAUUACCGGAAUCUGAAUCAACUUCACAGCAACCUGUAGUUACCAAGAAACGACGAAAAAUGCGACCCAACAAAGCAAAAAGGAAUGAAUCUGAAAUGAGUCCUGUUAUUAAUGGUUAUGAUGUUAAACAUUUUGAAAUUGAUUUAGAUAAUUAAAUUUUAUUUAGAAUAAUCUUGUAUUUUGGGAACAAAAUAUUAAUAAAAGAAAAUUUGAUGAUCAAA